ACGACGAAGCUCGGCACCCGUCCGAUGCUGGGACCCCUGCGACUGUCUUGUUACUCAGACAUCCGCUUCGAGAGAGGGGAGCAAGGCAUGACGACGAGGCAGCGGAGAGAGGAGAUAUGGGCGCGCCGCCGACCGUCAUAUACCCGCUAACCCUGCCCCGACUUCUCCAGCACAUGCUCGCCACGCAAUCAGACACUCUAUCUACGACCCUAAUCAUCUGCUCGAGCAGAGACGCCUUCCUCCAGUCUCUCGUGAGCGCAGUCCGGCAGCAGGAAAGCCAGGACCAAACACGGAACAGCCUCCUCCGCCUAGCCACGCCCACGCUGCACAACCUCUUCAUUGCACGACACGUCAAAGUCGUCUUCUGCGCAUCCGUGCAGACACUGCUAGCCUAUCUGACGUCUCUCAAGCGUUCAGCCGCGCCAAGUGUAGAAAGGGCUGCCCGUAGCGAGCGGGAAGCGAACCCGGCAAGAAUUGUGCUGGUCAACCCACUUAGUCUGCAGGCUGCCACUCCUUCUUUCUCCGCCCAGGGCUUGUCGAGGACAUUCGCGGCCGCGGUCGAGACGAGCUUGAGGGUGGAUGCGGUGCUUGUGGUUGCCGAGUGCCAGGGCGCCUGGACGCAGCCGAAUCCCUUGCUCGAGAAUGGUAAUGAUGAAAACGACAAGGAUGAAAGUAGCGAGGCUGGGGAGAGGGAAAGCACUGUACUGGAUCCAUGGGAGCAGGAUGUGUCCAUACUAAAUGUGUCGGCGAAAAAGUUUGGCUCGGGGGCCAAUGAUCGUGCUUGGGCGGGGAGGACGGUGAAGAUCAAGAGAAUCGCAGCGAGAUGGUUCCGCUUCCACAGGCUCGACGACCUGGAACCAUGAGCGGGGCAUGAUUCAGCGCCUAGACGAUUCCCAGAGAAGAGCAGUGCUCCAGUCUGGUCGCGUGACCGCACGUUCACCAAGGCAAGCACGCACCAGCACAUUUUCAGACCCCUGCAGUUCCAAAGUGGUAAAAUUUUGUCAUGUGUAUCGUCAGCCA